AUGGAGCCGUGUUCGUGUACUAUAUGUUCUGCCGCUUGCAUCAUACAUUCCCAGCCCCUCCGUCUUAGUCGUAAAAGGAUGCGCCAUUCCAGUCGAGAUGAGUCUGGCCUGGGGGGAGGCAUUGAUUUAUGUCUUGGGAGCCAGCUCACCCAACAGUACAGGAACAACUUGGAUGAAGCAGAAGACGAACUGGCGAUUAAGGAGGAUGAAAAGGGACUGAAAGAAGCAAAGGGCCUUACGGAUGAGCAAGAUAUACUCAGACCACACGAACUUGAUUUCAUGCGUGAUAUGAACGGAAAAACACGAGCGGAACUUCGCUACUUCCUUCAUUUAACAUUAGACCAAGAAGAGCAGAAGCGAGUUCGUUAUGAAGCUGCUUUGUUUUCUGAUUUUCUUCUCGAUCAUUUGCUGAUCGCGAGACCGUGA